GCGGCGCAGGGGCCGACGGGGGCGCUGGGCGGCUGCGCCGGAAGUGCCCAGAACGCCGGAGGAAGCACAGCGGCCGCCAGGCUGCCGAGCCGGCGGCGAGGCCCUGUGCUCCUGGGCUGGGUGCAGACUGCUGGGAACAGGCGGCAGCGGCGCCGAGGCUGCGGGACACGGCGCGGCCAGUCUGCGGGACGGGCCCCAGGUGGAGAGGAGGACGCGAGGAGGCCGCGCCGAGGCCAGGCAGCGAGCUCUGAAGCCCGGAGACCCGGGCCGCGGCACAGCUCCCACAUGGCCUCCGGAGGGGGCGCGGCCUUCGAGGAGCUGCCGCCCGACGGCACGUGUGAUGAGUGCGAGCCAGACGAGGCUCCGGGAGCCGAGGAAGUGUGCCAGGAAUGCGGCUUCUGCUACUGCCGCCGCCACGCGGAGGCGCACGGGCAGAAGUUCCCCAGGCACCACCUGGCCGAGUACGUCCACGGAGCCGCCCAGGCCUGGACCCCGGGAGCCCGGGGGGAUGGGGCGGGAGAGGAAGAAGUCGAGGCCCAGGUAGGGAACGAGAAGGCCCUAGAAAGCGAGGCGGGGGAAGAGAGCGAGUCCGAGGAAGACUGUGAGUCCGAAGAAGAGAGUCAGACGGAGGAGGAGAGCGAAGACGAGAGUGAGGAAGACAGUGAGGAAGACAGUGAGGAAGAAAUGGAGGAUGAGCAAGAGAGCGAAGCAGAGGAAGACAACCAGGAGGAAGGAGAAUCGGAAGCGGAGGGAGAAACUGAGGCAGAAAGCGAAUUUGACCCAGAAAUAGAAAUGGAAGCGGAGAGAGUGGCCAAGAGGAAGUGUCCGGACCAUGGGCUCGAUUUGAGUACCUAUUGCCAGGAAGAUAAGCAGCUCAUCUGUGUCCUGUGCCCAGUCAUUGGGGCACAUCAGGGCCACCAGCUCUCCACCCUAGACGAAGCCUUCGAAGAACUAAGAAGCAAAGAUUCAGGCGGACUGAAGGCGGCUAUGAUAGAGUUGGUGGAAAGGUUAAAGUUCAAGAGCUCAGACCCUAAAGUAACCCGGGACCAGAUGAAGGUGUUUAUACAGCAGGAAUUUAAGAAAGUUCAAAAAGUGAUUGCUGAUGAGGAGCAGAAGGCCCUUCAUUUAGUGGACAUCCAGGAAGCAAUGGCCACAGCUCAUGUGACUGAGAUACUGGCAGACAUCCAGUCCCAUAUGGAUAGAUUGAUGACUCAGAUGGCCCAAGCCAAGGAACAACUUGAUACCUCUAAUGAAUCAGCUGAGCCAAAGGCAGAGGGCGACGAGGAAGGACCCAGGGAUUCAGAGAAGAUUUCACAGUUGUUGACCCAUUUGAACCAGUACCCUGAACAGAGCUAUACAACAGUAAGUUGAUUGAUGGCAGGUGGAGAAUGGACAUCAUAAUUGUACACUCUUGGUGCCAGUGAAGAAGAAGACACAUGAAGGCCUGCCAUCCCCAGUGGAAAAUCAUCCCUUCCCCUUGUGUGUAUGUGACGGCGUAUAUGUAAUGGCUUCUGAUUCCUGUGAAAGCUGCCCAGCAACAAACGUGCUUCCACCAGAUGCCUCCCCAGAUCCACAGCAGGCACAUAGCUCUCCAAGGAAUGACCAGUUUUACUCUUACUGACUGUGCUUCUCAUUCUCUUGUCGUGAUAGGUCAAGGAAAAUGCCCCUUUGAUCAACCAGGAGCAAUUAAAGGGUCCUUCAGGUAAAUCCCUCGAUGGCUGCUUUGAACUUGCUCAGGAAAGCCAGCCCCUGUCAUAUUGUAUACCCAAACAGUAUCACUUCAUUAAGAAGGAUCUGGAAUAAUCUUGAAGGGCAGUCAGGAUUUGUUUCCCUACCUGCUAAUAAAACCACACUUUAUUCAUAUUGAAGCAUGGAAUAAAUGAGGGAAAAGUAGGGCCGAAUCAACCCACAUAGUUCGUCUCUAAAAGUCCAUUUAAUACAUCUGUGAAAAUGUGGUUUCAUGAAAUAAUAUGGACGGCUUGAAAACAGAUAAAGAGUUAAAAGUUAGAAAUAUAUAGAGAUAUUUUUAGUACAUGAGGUUAUCCAGGAUUUCAGAUUCAUAAUUCAGUGCUGUGGAAAUGAAAAAAAAAAAAAAAGAUUGAAGAGAUAGAAAAGAAAUGACUUUUUUUUUUUUCCAAAACAAAAAGACCAAAGAGAUCUGAUUAAAAGUUGAAAUCGAAAUCAGUAUUUCUGAACUCAAACUGCCUAAGUUUCCAAAAUAGUCACUAAAGGAUCUGAUGGAACCUGAAUUAUUUGAGUGGACUCUGAGGUUUUAUGGGUCUUGUCACAGCAUGAAAGUCUGGAAUGUGUAUUACAAAUGGGAAUUUUCAGUGUAGGUUUAGCUCCCCCUCCCCCAGCUUAGCCUAAUUUGGCUUAAAUGCAGUGUGGGGAGAAUUCUUGGCCCCUGUGGUGUGUUGAAUCGAGCUCCAUCUCCUGGCAGAUAUACCUUCCUUUUACUCCAGCGGGGACCCCUCUUCCCCUGGCUCUCCCCACCUCCAGGUCAUCUCCCACACGCUGGCUCUCUCCUCUUCAGUAACGUGAGCAGAGACUCACCGUGGUUGGACUCUGGUCUUUCCCCACUCCCAAAGCACAUUUCCUUACGACCAAGUUUUUUACUCCUAAAUAAGCAAUGAUGUACUAGGGAAUACAAAACUGCAAACUAAAACACAUGCGUCUUCUGAAACAGGAGUUUUACUUAACAAAUGGUUUGGAGUCAGGGAAUGACAUUAUUUUUAGAUAAAACAAACACAAUUAUAUUAUGAAAUAGAAUGUUUGUAUACAUAAACAGUAAAGAUAAAAUAGGAGACUUCACAGAGAAUUUUUAUUAGCGAGUGGGGUGGUGUUCCCUCUCCUCUGCCUUUAGUGGUAUUUUGGUGUUCGCUUCUGAGAAGUAGAAGUGGAACUACAUCCAAGCAGCCUUAGGGUUUCUGUUGACUCAGGACCUAGACUUCUAGUGCCUCUGAGGCAGAAACAAAGGAGCUGCACUGAGGGGAGUUCCUCUUCCUGCCUGCCUGCCUGCCUAUAAUAUACCUAUCACAGAGCUUUAGGGCCAACCGAUAGGUGUGUGCAGGAUGGUUUUGAGGGAGAAACAAUGCUUACUUACUAUAGGAAUCCUGUCUAUAUCACUGUUCAGUCCUGUGCAUGCUAUGAAAUGAUUGUUUCUUUGAGGCCAGGAAGCUACCAGGUGUAUAUGCUUCUGGGUUAGGAUUACCCUUGCUCACUAAAUAUGUUGUUGGGACAUUGGGGCUGAGAGUAGUUUGGGCUGUUUAAAAAAAAAAAAAAGUAUUUU